GAACAUGACAACAAUUCGCCAUAUUCUCUUUAGCAGUGGAUGGAAAAGAAAAAGGUUCCGGUUUUAGCAAAACACAUUUUUAACGACCUUUAAAAAAAUCUUCAAUAGAAGCAAAGACAAUAUAAGUCGCUAAUCAUAUUAGACUUUAUUUUUAACCUCCUCGUCGUGUUUUAGUGGUUGUUCUGCGCCGUUUCCACAGCUUCGGGCCAUGGUAGGAAGCCAUGGACAAAAUGGAAGUGUCAGAAGUUGUAGAAGUGACUGAGGAGGUGGAGGAUUCCUCCACUCAAGCAAAAGUGACUACUCCAAAGAAGAGGAGUAACACACUUCAAGAGGGCAAUGCCACAAAGUCGAAGAAACCAAGGUCUGCCUAUCUGCUCUACUACUUUGACAUUCACCAAAUUAUGCAGCUUGAAUCACCAAAUUUGCCACAAUCGGAGGUCAACAAGCGGAUCAGCGAAGGAUGGAAAAGGCUCAGUGUGUCAGAGAGAAGUUAUUAUCUGGAAAAAGCUAAGAUGGAAAAGGAUGGCAUAGAAAUGUCAUCUCAGAGUUCCUGCAAACAUCUGCCAGGCUUUCGCAAAAUCCUACCCAGAACCACUUGCUUUCUGUUACCCAACGGCAGCUCCCUAACUCAUCAGCCGGUUAAAUCUGAGAAUGACGCCUGCUUGCCCUCGACCUCUGUCACCUCAGAGACCCAGUUUCUGUCUCCAGAGUUGGCUGGAGAGGUGGAAGUCACUGAGCAUCACAUUGUUACUGAAGACGCGACAGAGGAAACGGCUGUGGGCUUUGCUGACUUCACAGUGGAUAGCGUGGCGCUCAAAGGAAAUGAGACCCAACUUAUUGACAGCUGCUACAACCAGGGGGAAGCUACACAGGUGGUAGCAAUCCUACCCACACAGAAGCUUCUGGAGCCCAAGUGUUUAGCAGAUGCUGGUUCUUUGCAUCCAGUGAUGAUGAUCUCAGUAGAAGCCAAAUCAGAGCAGAUGGUCAAGCCGACAGAGUCAAUGUCUGUGAAAACAUACACGAGGAGAGGUCGAGGGAGGUGUCCCAAUCCCAGCUGCUCAUUUGUAUACGUCACCCGUCACAAGCCUUCCACGUGUCCCGAAUGUGGCAGCCAUUUAGGCGGAAAGUGGAUGUCUGCUGUGGGACAGGGAGGUGAUCAUCAGCCGGAGAAGAGCUGCAGAGGAGCUGAUCAGGACGGGAGCACUUAUACUGUUAGAAGCUCAACCAGCGGGAGUAGUAAGGAAAGCAAAGGCUCCAAAAAACAAUCCUCAACUGAAUCGCCACUAGGGGGCAGCAGCACUGAACUACAGACUCAUUUACAAAAAAUGAAAGCCCAGCCCAGAGUCCCGAUUCCUCACAGACAGAGCAGGAGCUCCCCCAUUGUGCAGAAGCGACCCGUCAGACCCAUCCUCCCUGCCCCCUGUAGCACAGGUGGGACUCUGGUUCAGGUAUUUACUGUGCCAGCUGAAAAAGGAAAGUAUUUGGACAAAUCGUCUUUUGAUAACCUCUUAGGUCUCAAGCCCAGUACUUUGAAGCAGCUCGGUCAGCUAGUUCCAACAGCUCACCAGGACUCCCCAGGCAAAGGGCAGAUUGUGUCCUCGCUAAAGGAUGGAGGCUUGAACGUCUUAUCCGUCUUUCCUUUGGAACCACACACCUUUUCAACCUUUGACCUGGGUCUGUCCACAGCACGAGGCAGGGGUCGCUGUAAGAAUCCAGCAUGUGAUUACAUGUAUAAGAAUAGACACAAGCCAGCAAAGUGUCCAAAAUGUGGUUGUGAGCUGAGACCGAAAAAGGGCAAAACGACAAAGUCGGAGUCUUUGCUGGACCCGUAUCUGCCCCUGACCCCCGGCCAGAUCGAUAUCCAGCGUCAAAAUACUGUGCAGCUUCUGCGCGGCUCUCUGCAAAUUCCAGAGAGUGACUCUGACCUUCAGGAAACACUGUCCCUCAUUGAGGAGCUUAAUGAUCUUAAAGUUAUCUUGCUAGAAAGGGGUAACGGGGAAGACGGGACAGACACUAAAACCCUGCUGGAGUCAGGUUGGCCUCAAGCGUACGAGUCAGCGGCGACUCACUGUGGCCUGUGUAGCUACCCUCUCUUCAAAGGAGGAAAGGGAACUAUCGCAGAGUCGGAGGACUGCUGGCUGCUCACGGAUAAACUGCUGCAGGCUUCCACUGUUCACGUCAAAGUGUGUCUCAACCCUCAGUGUUUGGCCCUGCACAGCUUCACAGACCUGCAUCCUGGAUUAUUUAAUGUUGGAAACAGACUACUUGUGAGUAUCAACCUAUUCUUGAAGAUUAGGAACAGCCUCAAGCAGGGUCAGUCCCCCUCUCAGGCUGCUGCGACAGCUUUCGACCACAACCCAAAUCACCCAAUUCACAGAUUGUGCCUAGAAGAUUCUUCUCAAAUUCAAGAUCUUCUCCUGAACGGAUACUGGGCCUUUGAGAGUCUCACAAUACGAGAUUACAACGACAUGAUCUGCGGCGUUUGUGGAGUGGCCCCAAAGAUUGAGAUUGCUCAGAGGGAUACCAACAAUGUCCUGGAGCUCAAGAGUGUGGAGUUUACGUGGCCAAAGGUUUUAGCUCCAGAUGAGGUUCUUGUGGAUGAUUUCUGGUUGACCAUGGAGAGUGAGGCCAUAGAGCAGGCAGCGUUCCCCGCAGACAUCCCCAUCACACGCGUGGAUGCUUCCAUCAUCGCUCCCUUCAUACCGCCUCUGAUGAGGAACGCCACAGUCAUCAACACAGAGAAAGACAAGCUUCUGUCCCAAACGCAGCAGCCAUCAGGAGAUCCGUCAGUGUUGGUUCGUCUCAUUCAUGAUGGUCUGCUCAGACUCGAUAAGGUUGAGGAUCAUAAUGAAGACGAGCUGAAAGCGAUUCUGGAGCGCUGCGGGAUCAAAGUCUCAGCUGGCUGCACCAAGAAAGAGCAACUGGCUGCUCUUAUCGACUUCUACACACACGUUUAUUGUGGCGUCCCCACGGCUCCACAGCCGUCCUCCCAUUUUACUGCCGGCAGACUGUCCAAGGUCUGCCCUCACAAGGUGGUAUCUUCCUCCAAGUAUUUAGUUCGAGGAGAAACGGCCCGGGACCACAUUGACCUGCUGCUGUCCUCUCGGUUCUGGCCUCCGGUCUACGUUUGUGACUGUGCACACGAGGUGGCUCUUUGCACCGACUUACAGUACCCAAAUAUAGCAACCCAGAUGUGGGGCAGGAACCAGGGGGGCUUCUCUGACCCUUUGGAGAAGCCGGAGGUUGUGUCAUGUGUAGAGCUGCAGGAUCAGACGUACCAUACUAAUCUCUCAGUGGGAUUAGAGAGCCAGCAGACGCACCCCAUCACCAAAUCGUCCUCGUGUUGGCUGGUUCGGCCUCCUCCUGGAGCAGACCAGAACCCACCUCCGGCAGAGCACCACUCCAUGGCCCUCUGCAAACAGCUGCAGCCGCAUAUGGAUCCGGUGUCAGAGAUCGUGACAGCAAAUGGAGACGAAAACGCGACGGCUGACCGGGACUCGAAAGAAAAGCCAAACCAAAUCCUUUUCAACAACCCGGCUUAUUACUAUCUUUAUAACCGACUGGUGGACUACCUCAGUAGUAAAGAUAUUGUCAGCCAGCAAAUUACCCAAGUACUGAAGGCCUGCCAGCCGGGAGAGGUGGUGAUCAGAGACUCGUUGUAUCGACUGGGAGUGGCACAGAUCAACUCGAAGGGAGAGGAAGCAAAGGGGACGGAGGGACAAACGGAGAAGGAAGAGGGUCAAUCUGGAUGAGUAAAAAAAAAAAAAACCUCUUGUUGCUGAAUAUUUCUAGGGCACUGUAAAAUUGCAUGAAGAGGAGAGCAAUACAUGGAGAAAGAACUAUAAAAGAAUCAAACUUUCACAAUAUAGAGAAAGUGUAAGAUCACAGAGAGGUCAGAAACUCUAUCUGUAAAGAUUCAGAUGGGAAAAUCUAGCUUUUUGUAUUAUUUUUUUUAGGUUAUUAUGCCAAAAUAUAUGCCUACUGCAUUGAGAUUGUUCUAUAUAGUAUACAGUGUCUUUUAUUUUGAAAGGGAAAUCAUGUCAACUAUUGUCAAAAGUUAAAAACCAUGUUUAGGAAAAAAAUGUCUGUUUACUCUUAAUGCUUAUGUUUCAUUUAUGCAAAAAACAACAACAAUAAUUAAUUUUUGAAAUCAUGGUAGGAACAGUAACCUAAAUACAAAUCAGUUUCUUAUUUUUCUGAAAGUAAGACUUUUUAGCUCCUUUUGGGUUGAAGAUGAUGAGAAACUGACCCAAAUGGCUUUUUAAGUGUUAAAGGUUGCAGACCUCUGAUUGAAGCUUGAAUUAUGUCUAUUAUUCAAUUUAUAUAUAUAUAUAUAUAUAUAUAUAUAUAUAUAAACUCCAAAAUGUAAAAUGAAUUCUGAAUUAAAACUAUUGUGUGGUUGUUUUCUGUGCCCGACUUCAAAAAGGUUUUUAACAACCAUUAAAAAGUCUUUUUAUUGAGCAGGUAUUUUUUUGCUAAUUGUUUUUCAGUGAUAUUGAACUGUAUUAGCAUUUGUUGAUUUUUCUGGACUAUCAUAAUGAAUUUCUAUCUAUAAUGUUUCUCUGCGAUAAACUAGCAGUUGUAAAUCGUGGAUUGAUAAGCCUUUAAUAAAAAAAAAAAUGGUUGCCACAUGAAGUUUAACCACAUUUAAUGGAAGCCAAGAACUUUUAUCACAUUUUUAAAUGUGCCAGAAACCAAUUUAUUAAUAAAAUAUUGAAAA